AUGCAAUAAAUUUUUCAGAUUCAGAUUCUUUUGUCAAAGUAUGCAAUCGUCAGAAUUUUACAAUAAGAAAUCCAAGAACAUUAUUCGAUGGGUGUAGCGAGAUAGGCACGUGGUACGUCAAGCCAGUGAGUAACUACAUAGAAAGACAGGUAGUCUUGCGGAAACUUAGACGAAAAAACAAAGGACAACCGUGGCUAUGUCCGCAAUAAAUGUGCCUGCUGGGUCUUGUUGGCGGGUUCUAUUUGUAUUUCCAUUUCCAUCCUUGUUUUCCUUUAGGUUACACCCGUAUCUAGAUGUGAU